AAUUUUGUCAUCAUAGUGUUCGUCUAUCACAGAGGAGAGAGAGAGAGAGGAGACAGAGAAAGAAGAAGAAGAAGAUGCCGACAAGCAGUUUCUCAGGGGCGCUUACAGGGCCGCAAGUCGACGUGAUCAUCGACUUGGGAAACCCCUUGCUCAACCACACCGUCGAUGGCUUCUUGAAGAUCGGAACCGUUGCUGCUACCAGAGCUGUUGCAGAGGAUGCUUUCUCUGCGGCCAAGAAAGGGAGCAUUUCGACUAGCGACUUUAAGCACACUUUCAAGAAGAUGUGUAAAGAAGGUGCAUAUUGGGGUACUGUAGCUGCAGUGUACGUGGGAGCAGAGUAUGGUAUCGAGAGGGUCAGUGGACACAGAGACUGGAAGAAUGCCAUGCUCGGGGGUGCAUUGACAGGGGCUCUAGUAUCUGCAGCCAGCAAAGAGAACAAGGAUAAAGUUCUGGUGGAUGCAAUUACAGGAGGUGCCAUUGCGACCGCUGUGGAAUUCAUCAACUAUCUCACCUGAACAUGGACGGAAUAUUCUACCCGAUCUCUCUGUAGAUCCUGGAGAACUAUGAGUAGGUUUCUCGUGUCAUCUUCCUCGUGAAUUCAUAGAACAUUGUAUAAAGAAUGUUCAAGGGUUCAUCUAAACUACUGAAGGUUGAUACAAUGAAUUAUGAAUCUUCUGGUUUUAUCA